AUGGCUUGCGCCAGCGUUCAUCUCGCCGCGCUGCGCUGGGCAGGCAAGCGCCGCCUCCUCGUGCGACACGGCGACCGCCGCACCGGAGUUGCCACGGAGCUUGCACUCGAUGCUAGGAAGGCUAUCACGGGCUAUCAGCUGCCAUCCGCUGGACUUGGCAAGCAUGCCAUGCUGCCCCACCUUGCUAACGAGUUUGGCGAAACUUCCGAUAAGGCAGCAGUAGCCUGA